AUACUCACCGUCCAACAUUUAUUUUAUAUGGUUUUACCAUAGUGGUCGUGUAGUUUUCCACCAUAUUCACCAAAGUAGUAGUGGUGGUACUGAUUCUCCAUUGUUUGUUGUGCAAAAAAGAGUUUGUAAAAGGUUAUGUUAUCCGAGCGGGAAUACAGCUCACGGAAAACGUGAAAUGUUCCUCAGAGGAAUGGCGGCACCACCUGUUCAUCCGAUCGCAACUGCGACAACUCCACCUCAGAAACGAAAACUGGCCAUGCUCAGCAGUCCCCCAGGGAGGAAAGAAGUUUUUCCGGUGUUUAGCAGUCUAUCUUUGUCUCCUGGCAAGUCAAAAUCCAAACACUCUCCUGGGAGUUCUCCAUCUAAGAAAAGGGCUAAUUUAACACUGAAACAAGGAGCUGCCCAAAACAAUAAAAUGUUUAGAUAUUUGCUGCCUAAACGGCUAUUUAAAGGACCAGAGGCUGUGAGGAAUUCACCUGUUUCGCUUCAGCAUGAGACUAUGGAACUGGAUAACAAAGAAAACAAAGUUGUUAAUGGAGUAUUGAGAUGUGAAAGUGAGGAGGUACAGAUUGUUCUACCCAAAGCCACAUCUUCUAUCAAAAGACCUGCUCAGGAGAUGCCAAGUGUUCCACACAAUUCUGGAACUUCUCCCAAAAAACCUGCCAUGGCGAUGGGGAAUGAUCCACUCAGUUCUCCUAAGAGACUUGCUAGUGUCAAUCAAUGCCUUGAUGUUAAAGUCGUAUUAGUCAGAGUUGACGAACAUACCUUUGGGGAACACUCUUAUUGUAUGAAACAUAAAAGUCCACGAAAAUACUGUUGCAGUGUUGCAUCAGAGUAUGUUACACAGGCCAUAGACAACUUGAUUGAUGACGACAUCAAGAAUCCAUGCAAGCGUUUAGGAAUUCCAUCGCCUACAUGCAUAGCACCAAUGGGUUGUAAUCAUUUUAAGGAUGAUUCAUCUUCAUCAAGUCAUCAGGAGAAUCUUUAUGAAACUAUGUUAAAUAUUGACCUUCCUUUAAUGAUGCUUCGGGCUUGCUGCCAAGAUUUAUCAAGCAAAACAUUCCCUUCUCCUGGUACUAUCCACACAGUUUUUAACCUGAUGAAAAACAACUCAGAUGCAGCUAUACUUGCCCUUGGGAGGACUUAUUUAAGAAGAGUAAUUGAUCAUUACCCUCCCUGCAACCCUCACAUGAGGAGUUAUUACAUUCAUAUACUAAACUCAUCCGUCUCGAGGGUGAAAAUUCCCUCAGAUUUAUGGGGUCUAACAAAUUUUCAAUUUUUUGAUGGUAUUUUUAAAGAAUUGGAAGACCAUGUAGAGGGAUCACUAAAUCCAGAACAAUUAAAAGAAAAGAUGAAAGUUCCUGGAGUCAGAAAGAAAUGUAAACCAAAGAGGUUCCAGGAUUCCCCAUCUCCCAAGAAGAAUGUCCGACGAAAAUCUUCCAAAGAUAGUAUUAGUGAGAGUACUGAAACCCUAGCAAAAAAUGAUGAUAUGUCAUCAGAAGCAAUUAGGGAAAGAUUGAAGGCUGAAGAAGAUAAAGGUAAAGUGAAGAUGCCAACCUGGGAUAAAACAUCCCAAAUUUUUGCAAUGUUUGAAACUCUUGUUGAUAUACUUGAGUGGGAUCUAGUUGUUUGGCUUGCAAAGAAUGGGGAAAGGGUGAGAAGUGGGGAUCGCUUAAAAAUCAGGGAUCGCUCAGUGUGCCCCUUAAUUGUUAUGAUACUCUGGCCCAACAACCGUGACACAGGCCUUGAUUCCCCUUACUGUUGUAGGAUUUUCUCUCUAUAUGUCAGUGCUUGGAUCUUAAAAUUCCAUCCACGCCACAUCAAGACAUUAGUGCGGCUUGUUGGAUUAAUUGCCGAAGUUAUCAUUGCUAGUGAGUCCAACUUUGGCAAUGUCUAUCCAUAUGUUGGUGAGGGAUGUGAAAAUCUAGCUAGGAAACUUUGUGAAGUGUUAAGAAAUCCUCUAUUAGGAGAAUUACAGACAAAAGCAAUUGCGAUGCUGAAGCCUGACUGGCUGAAGAUGUUGGUGUCUUCCUUCCUUUUAAAUGUUUCUCCCACAACAGCAUCCCUGAUGCUGUAGUUGAGAUGGACUUUACUUGGCAAGCUAGAACUCAGUUAAGGAAUGCCUCAUUCCUUUGACUGCAGUGCGUGUGGAAGAGGACUAUUAAGUUUACAUUGACUGCUUUGCUACAGCACAGUAUUGAGUAAUGUUUCCUGCUUCUCUUUAGUAUUACAUAUUUGAAGUCAUUAAUCUCUGUGUAUGAGCCUAAUUAAGAUAUUUUUGUUUCAUUUGUUGCUUUGUCAAAGCAAAACUUUUGUUUUGUAUCCCUGAUCAUUUAGUAUAAUAGGAGAGUUAAUUUGAAUUGAUUGGGCAGUUUUAUUUAAAGACUCCAUCAUAGAGCCUCUGCGUUCUGCUCCAAAGUAAUGAGUCCCACCAUACUUAAUUUUAUGCCAGUGAUGUGGUAAGAGUAUGUUUUCCACAUUUUAUACUGUAAUACUUUUCAACAUUUGGUAGAAAUUGUUUAUUUCUUUAAAUUGUCAAUUACCUUUUGUGAAGUGCAUUAUUUAAUAAACCAAAUGAUUUUUC